AUGACAGGGCGUGUUGGGGCAUCAAUUGGUAGCUACGUAGUCAAAGUCACCUUUUGUUUCUUUUGGUCUCUUGCUUUUGUCCUUCCUCUCCUCUCUCCUCUCUCUACCCUUGGAUCACUCCUCUUAUCACUUACACAAAUCAAUACAAUUAGUAGCAGUAGGCGAAGGAGGAAGAGUAGGAUUUAUAAUAAUAAUAAUAAUAGUAAUAAUAAUAUAUUAAUCACAUUGAUCACACUGAUCACUUUAAUAUUAUUGUCAACAACAAUAACAUUGAUCAGUGCUACAACCACAACUAAUACACGUAUACAAUCAUGUACUUCUAAUUUAAUUGAUAUAAAUAACAACAACGAGAAUAAUAAUAAUAAUAAUAAUAAUAAUAAUAAUAAUAAUAUUGAUAGUAAUAGUAAUAACAUAAAUAAUAAUAAUAAUAAUGUAAAUAAUAAUAAUAAUAGGGAUGAAAAUGGUCAUCUGAAAUUUAAAAUAUCAUCUUUUAAAAGAGAAGUGUAUUCUUUAAGUAGAGUAUUACUUGCUCAGGAACAAGAUGAAGAUAAAGAAGGAAAUGAACUAGAACUAGAACUAGAAGAAGAAGAACAACUAGAACAAGAGGAUAGUUGGAGUUUAACACCAACACCAUUCUUGAAACAAAAAAGAAAAGUACCAUCACAGAAAUUAGAGAUGUUUGAAACUAAAUCAACACCUAGAGGUAGUAGUAUUAGUGCAGUGAUUAGAGGUGUAGUUUAUAUAGACUAUACGUUUGAAAACUUUUUCUACAAGGAUCUACCGGUUGUUGAGGGAGUCAAGGUGACAUUGGGUAACUCGGCCAACCCAGCUAUACAGACGGUUAUAACAGACUCGGGUGGAAGAUACACACUGUCAUCAAAUAUAAUGUCACCUGGCAACUAUAGUGUAUCCGUCUCGUUGAACGACAAGUUUAUAGCCAAGUACUUUUCACCGUUCCCUUAUCAUCAAGUGAGUAUCCCACCAUCAUCACAUGUCUACAACUUGGAUAUCCCAGUACAACGUAGAUCAGAUGCACAAUGUAUGGGUGUAUUGGUAGGUCAAGACGACGAGAGUCAGAUGAUCAUCCAAUUUGGUACGUCGAAUAUCUUAAACUAUGGAUGGUGUGGUCCCAAAUACAUAGCCGACAAACAAGAUUCAAAGGUGUGUAGCUAUCGAAUUGCCAAUGCACGUUUACCAUCAGACUGUGCUAUCGUCGUAUCCGACGACACUGUCACAGUCAGUUACUCCUAUCCCAUCAAGAUUAUCGUCUAUCUGGAUGACAAUUUUGAGGGAUUCGAUCAGUUUGGAGACAAGACACUCAAGCCAACGCCUUUUAUCGGUGCAUUUACAGUAUCUGCCAACUAUACGUUUGGUGAACGUUAUUUCACAAAGAUAUUUAGUACCUCGAAUGGUAUUGUCGAAUUCAAAGUACCUCCAAGAAUCAGAGUCACUCUCACACUUGGUACGAUGACCAACUCCUCACUCCACCCAAUACUCAAUCAUCUCACCAUUGUAGCCAACAACCAAAAACGAGGUCAUAUUAUUUAUAUGGGUGUUUUCCGAGCGGUCAUGCCAGACAGUACCUAUAAACUAGUCAGUCUACAUCAAUACCCAUCAUGCACUGGUGAGUCCAUCACGGUUCCCUGUGGAUUCUACUCAAGUGAUACAUUGGACAGAUUCCACGGCUGGGGUCAUAAAGUUUAUUCCAUUUCAACAGGUCUUAGAUUCUCUGUACAAUUUCUUGAAAGAGAUCGUUUAAAAGCAAGUGGUAAUUGUGUUCAUACUGAUGGUAAAAUAUCUCAAAUCGAAGUUUUCUUAAAUGAAUUAAUGUCACCACAUAAAGAAAUACCAAAUAUUGGUAAAGUAAUAUCAUUUAUAAACUUUUAUCCAGAGAAAUUAUUUCCAACUUUUUAUUUAAAACCAAAUGAACCAAUUGAAUGUAUUGGAAAUUUAGAGGUAAUGGGAAAUUUGAUAAAUUGUACGAUUGUAUCUGGGUUUGGAGAGAGGGAAAUUAAAGUUGAAUAUCCAAAUCAACGAUCGUAUAGAGGUAGAAAGAUAUACUUGUCUUAUCAAUCACAUUAUUCAUUUACAAAUACAGAGUCGACAUUGGCCACUUCGAUAUCGGGUGGAUCAACUAAAUUGGAUUGGACUUGGGAUGGAAUGCAAACAAGUGGUUUUACAUUAUUAAAUGUAAUCUAUCCACCCAAUGGAACAGAAUCGUCGACUGUCAUAUCAUCGUCUAAUUUACGUCUACAGUAUUCUACCUUUGCAACUACGUCGGCUGCUGCUGGUAAAACUACUUACUGGGCGUUUAAUAAUGGUGAAGGUCGGUCUGAAGUACUAGAGUUUUGGAUUUCAAGCGCCGGAUUCUAUGCACUCAACGAAGAUGGCUUGUUUUGGGGUACCUUACUUUGUACAUCCACUGGUGUAUCUGUUGGACCAUCCCUUUGCCAUUUUACAGGAUCAUGA